AUGAUGUUAAUACUUAAUAUUAAAUUAUUAAUUUUUAUUUAAUUCGUGCCUUAGACCAUGUGCUUAUUUUUGUACACCCAUUAAUACCCAUUGUAUAGAAUGAGUUUAUUAUUGUAUUGUACAUAAUGUGAUUGUUUAUUUAGAUUCUCUAUCAAAAAAAUACAUUUAUCAAUUAUCAGUAAACCAUUAUUUUUGCGUAAUAAUUUCUUACUACUCUGUAGCCAGUUACUAGUUAGUAUGGGCAUACCGUACGGCUGUUCCAUCAUAGAAGAUGUUGAUAUUUCUAAUUUUAACCUAUGUGUUCUUUAUUGGCAAUUAACACAUUAUUUUUGAAUUUAUUUUCUCCAUGCUCCGUUCGUUAAAUUCCUGUUGAUGCAUUCGCAUUAGUUAUUAUCAGUUACCGCACUAAUAAUAUUUUUUACUAGAAGAGCUCUAAUCAUCAUAUAGUACAUUAAUAAUCAGAGGAAACUAAGGUAUUUACAAUGGAAGAAAAUAAUCAAAAAAGAUCAGUAUUUGAAAGUUCCAAAAACACUAUAUCUGGAUAUACUAUCGAAUUUGGAAAUACCACUUAUGAAAAUACUUUGGAAGAACGCAUUGAAGCUGCUAGAAAUGCUUCAUCUAGUGCUAAACUAGCACAAAAACAAAACAUAAAAGAAAAAUUAUCUUAUAGUAAGAAUGUAAAAGAUAUAAAUGUUCAAAAUAAUAUAGCUGUUAAAAAAUUAUUGAAUAGUGCUCAAGAAUUUAAAAUAAUAAAUAAGCAAUCUGUAUCUAUAAAUAAAACAGAUAUUCAAAAUUCUAAUAAUGUUCCUCUUUUAAACUUAACUAAAAAUAUAAACUCAAAUUGUGAGUCUAAAUGUAACACAAGUUUCUUAAAACCAGCAUAUAAAGGGGGUGGUUCAAUGCAACUCCGAUUGGAAGCUAUAAAAGCUAAUAAAAAGAUAAUUAAUAAAACUCCACGUGAAUAUAAUAAUAUUUUAGAACCAAAUAACCCUUCAAAAAAUGUGGAUAUUGAAUUUGUUCCUCCAACAAAAGACUAUAGUUUAAAAGUAUGUCAUACUAAUAUUCCCAAGCGUAAGGAGUAUAACACUAGAUCAACUGUACAGAAACAUCAUCUUGAAGAAGCUAAAUAUACUGAACACUGUGAUCGUACUAAAGAUAUUACCAAUACACCAUAUAAAUCAGUAACUUCUGUACAAAAUAGACUAAUACGUGCAAGAGAAAAAAUGACUGCUAAAUCCAAAGAUAAUUCUGAAGUUAAUGUUUCAAAAUUUGAAAAUAUUAAAAAACUGCCAAAAUGUAAAUUAGAUAAUAUUCACCAAGAUACAAAAACAUUGGGCCAUAACAUUAAAAACAAAACAAAAAGGUUAAACCAACCCAAUCAAAGUAUAAAAAAAAAGAAACCAGGACUUACAUCAACUCCUAAAAAAAUUAUUUUAAAUAAGAAUUCCUCUAUUGAUAAAUGUUUUGAUCAACAGCUAAUGAAUUUACAACAAAAACCAGUUGUACCGAUUCUAAAUAAUAUGAUUUCAUCUAGUUCUUCUUCUGUUUCAGAAACAAUUGUAUCAACAAAACUGGAAGAUCAAAGCAUUUUAAAAAAUUCAAAAUUAAAUGAACUAGACUCUUUUAGUUUUGUUACACCACAAACUUCUUAUAAUCCACAAAUAAUAGAAAAUAAAAAAAAUAUGCAGUUUAAUAAUGAUGAGUAUAUGGAAUGGGAAGAUAUAAUUGAAACGGACAACAUAAUUGAAAAAGUUAAUGAUUUAAGAAGAUCUAAACAUGAAUUUGAACCUAUGGAAUGGACACCUGAUUCAAUUGUGGACUCUGAUAUAAUUAAUUGUUGUUUAGUGAUUGAUACAAAUAUACUUUUAUCAGAUUUGAAAUCAAUUACUGUUGUUAUAAAUACAUAUUUAACUGACUUUGGUUACCCAACAAUUGUAUUACCAUGGCAAGUUUUAAAAGAACUUGAUUGCAUAAAAAACAGUGAUAAUGCAUUAGGUUAUCGAGCACGUGAGGCUACUCGAUGGUUAUUAGAAAUGCUUUCAAAACGUCAUCCAAGAUUAAAAGGUCAACCUAUGACAAAAAAAAAUAGUACGAGUUCUGAUGAUGAUAUUUUAAAGUGUGCUAUAACUGUGAAAGAAAGAGUGAAUAUUGUAUAUUUAGUAACAGAUGAUAAAAUUUUAAGCAUAAAAUCAGAAAUUAAUGGCAUAUCAGUAAAAAAUUCAGAGUGGCUUCAAAGUUUAGUUAAAAAUCAAAAUCAAAAUGAAUCUGAAAUUUUCCAAGAGACUGUUAAAAGCUAUCCAAUAAUUGAAAACAAAUUAAUUAUGAAACUUGAACCCCAUUUGGAGCAUAUUAUAUUAAAAGUCUUAAAGUGUGCUGUGGAUCUUAAUAUAAAUUAUUCAAGUCAUACUCAAAAAUUCUGGUGGGAAGUAUAUUCAUUGUCAAAACCAUUCAAUUUAGCUCAAUUAUUAUUAAAGCUAAAAGAACAUUGGAAUAUAAUAGCACCGCAUCAAUUACUUAAAGCUCCUAAAAAACAAGUGGAUUAUAUGGAAUAUUUUUUUAAUGAUCUCAAACAAAUCUCACCUGAAAUUAGCCUUAGUUGGAUUGAAUUUUACAAUUUUCUCAACUAUUGUACAGAAACCAUAAUUGCUUUACCUUAUGAGUAUUAUCAUAUUACUGAUGUACUUUUAAACGAUUUAAUGAAAGCUAGAAAAACUUUAAAACAGAAACUAGAUUUUACCACGCUUAGUGAUAAGUCAUAUUAUUCAUUAAACAAUUUAAAUAUUUCAAAUAAUGAUACUCUUAUUAUUGAUGACAUUUUGCAAAAUAUUUCAAAAGGAGUUGAUUCGUUUUGCUCAUAUGUUUAUAAUGCUAAUGGUUUUAAACGGGACUGGUCUGAAAACGAGCAAAAAGGUGGAAUAGUUCUUCAAGCAAUAAAUAUUGACGAGACAAUUAAAAAUUAUUGUUGUAAAUUAUCAAAUAUUAUCAAAAUCAUGUUAAAAAUAAAAUCAUUAAAGACUGAACAAAUAUUAGAAUCUCACAUAAUUAUUGAUGCAUUUUUAAAAUCAAUUACUGUAUUUGAUAACGUACCUGUAAAUUUGAACAAGGAAAACGUUAUUGAUUAUUGUUUGCAGAAAAAUAAAAAUUCAUUUUUUCAUAUUUUGAUAUCCUUCCAAAAUAAUCUGGCAGCCAUAAAAAAUUUAAUUAAUACCAUUAAGUUAUAAAGUUAUGUAUUUAUUAAUUUAUUUAGUUGACUAUUUACUAGUAUAUAACUAGUAUAUUUUUUAACAAAAAUAUAUUUUAUAAUUUUUA